CAACAAUUUCCUGUAGUUGCAUGCUCUUCAGCGUCUCUCAGCCUUCCUCUCUGAGUCUGUUUCAGAGUGAAGAGCACAGACGAAACUGAGCGGAACAGGAUGCAGGCUAUCAAAUGUGUGGUCGUGGGAGAUGGAGCUGUGGGUAAAACAUGUCUUCUCAUCAGUUACACAACCAAUGCCUUCCCCGGAGAGUACAUUCCUACUGUAUUCGACAAUUAUUCAGCUAAUGUGAUGGUGGACAGCAAGCCGGUCAACCUGGGCCUCUGGGAUACAGCUGGACAGGAAGAUUAUGACAGGCUCCGCCCACUGUCCUACCCACAGACGGAUGUUUUCCUAAUCUGCUUCUCCCUGGUUAGCCCGGCAUCCUAUGAGAACGUCAGAGCUAAGGUGAGUUUUGGCUGUUUUUUAUGAGGCCUGUCUCUCAGC